GCUGCUACCCCAUGUUCGCCUGCUGUCAACUAUGAGCUGCCGUCCCCAGGGCAGAGCAUCACCAAGCAGGUGGACACCCUGGACGCCACAAGGUCCCCCAGAGGCGGGCAGGCACACCGCAAAACAGCCAGGAGCAUGAGUGUGACAGCGGCCAUGGAGAGCAGCUGUGAGCUGGACCUGGUGUACAUCACGGAGCGCAUCAUCGCUGUCUCCUACCCCAGCACAGCUGAGGAGCAGAGCUUCCGCAGCAACCUCCGCGAGGUGGCCCACAUGCUGAAGUCCAAGCAUGGGGACAACUAUGUGCUUUUCAAUCUGUCGGAGCGAAGACAUGACAUCAGCAAACUUCACCCCAAGGUGCUGGAUUUUGGAUGGCCUGACCUGCACACACCAGCACUGGAGAAGAUCUGCAGCAUUUGCAAAGCUAUGGACACGUGGCUGAACGCGGCGGCUCACAAUGUGGUGGUGCUGCACAACAAGGGGAACCGAGGCCGCCUGGGGGUAGUCGUGGCUGCCUACAUGCACUACAGCAAUAUCUCAGCCAGUGCUGAUCAGGCUCUGGACAGGUUUGCCAUGAAGCGCUUCUAUGAGGACAAGGUGGUGCCGGUGGGACAGCCCUCCCAGAAGAGGUACAUCCACUACUUCAGUGGGCUCCUCUCCGGCAGCAUCAAGAUGAACAACAAGCCCCUCUUCCUGCACCACGUCAUCAUGCACGGCAUCCCCAACUUUGAAUCGAAAGGCGGUUGUCGGCCCUUCCUGAAGAUCUACCAGGCCAUGCAGCCCGUCUACACAUCGGGGAUCUACAACGUGCAAGGGGACAGCCAGACAGGCAUCUGCAUCACCAUCGAGCCGGGGCUGCUGCUCAAAGGUGAUAUCUUGCUCAAGUGCUACCACAAGAAGUUCCGCAGCCCGACCCGUGAUGUGAUCUUCCGUGUGCAGUUCCACACUUGUGCUGUGCACGACUUGGAUAUCGUCUUUGGCAAGGAGGACUUGGAUGAGGCAUUCAGAGAUGAACGCUUUCCUGAAUAUGGAAAGGUGGAGUUUGUGUUCUCCUACGGCCCUGAGAAGAUCCAAGGCAUGGAGCACCUGGAGAACGGCCCCAGCGUCUCAGUGGACUACAACACAUCCGACCCGCUCAUCCGCUGGGACUCCUAUGAGAACUUCAACAUCCAGCGUGAGGACAGUGCCGAGGGGGCCUGGGCUGAGCCAACGCUGCCGGGGAAACACCUGGAGAAAGAGGUUGGGCACACACAAGGGCCCCUGGACGGGAGCCUCUACGCUAAAGUGAAGAAGAAAGACUCCCUGCACGGCAGCAUCGGCGCUGUCAACACCGCCCGCCUCCCCCUCUCGGCAGCCCCCAACCACGUUGAGCACACACUGUCGGUGAGCAGCGACUCGGGCAACUCCACUGCCUCCACCAAGACCGACCGGACGGAUGAGCCGGGGGCUCCCGGGGCACCUGGUGGCCACACGGUGCUGAGCCCCGAGGAGAAGCGGGAGCUGGACCGUCUCCUGGUCGGCUUUGGCUUGGAGAGCGCGGCGCCCAUGCACAACCACGCACCGGGCCCUGCACCUGCCCGCCUGCCUGCCGGGUCGGGCCGCCACGUAGUGCCAGCCCAGGUGCACGUCAAUGGUGCUGGCACACCACUGCUGGCUGAGCGGGAGACGGACAUCUUGGAUGAUGAACUGCCCAACCAGGAUGGGCACAGCGUGGGCAGCCUGGGCACGCUCUCGUCCUUAGAUGGUACCACUACUGCCAGUGAGGCUGGCUUCCAUGAGGCGCCACGUGUGGGCAGCCUCUCCUCGCUGCCCAACGGCCCGGCUAGCUACAAUGGGGCUGAGAAGAUGCUGAAGGAAGGGCUUUAUGAGGCUGAGCCUCUCUCCAACGGUGCCUACCCCUACAGCAACCAGAAUACCCUGAUGGGCCACCAUCUCCGCGACCCGCUGGCUCACUUACGGCCCUCAGCAUCUGCUCAGGAGCACCUGGCCGGAUACUCGCAGCGGCAGCCAGCUUCAGCUUCACCGGCCUGGCUCCAGCCUCCGGUGCCACAGCCCUACCUGUACGGUUAUGACCUACCCAGUGCCCACCGUUCACAGUCCUUCCCGGCCGUGGGGACAGCCAAGUACGAUGCGAACCCGGCAUUACCUCAGGCUCCGGCUCGCAGCACCAGCAGCCGGGAGGCUGUGCAGCGGGGCCUGAAUUCCUGGCAGCAGCAGGGCGGCAGCCGACCGCCAUCCCAGCUUCAUGAUGGUGGGUUGGAGAGCCACAGCCCCAGCCUGUCCAGCUGCAGCCCCCAGCCCAGCCCACUGCAGCCCAUGCCCCCACACAGCCACAGCAUGCCUGAGUUCCCCCGGGCUCCAUCGCGCCGAGAGAUCGAGCAGUCCAUUGAAGCACUUGAUGUCCUCAUGCUGGACCUUGCACCCUCCGUCCAUAAGUCACAGAGUGUCCCCUCCGCAGUUGCCCGCCAGGACAAGCCGGCUGCCACGCUCUCCUCGUUAUCUGCACAGCCACUCAGUGGUCACUAUGCUCAGCCAGCCCCACAAGUGGUCCAGCCCAGGUCCUUUGGCACCUCUGUGGGCACUGAUCCCUUGGCCAAAGCCUACUCACCUGGUCCACUGGUUCCUGCGGCUCGAAGUACUGUGGAACCAGACUACACCGUGCAUGAGUACCGGGAAACCUAUACUCCCUAUAGCUACCAGCCAGAGCCUCGGAGCUAUGGCAGUGCACCAGCGAGCAUCCUUCCGCUCAGUGCCUCAUACAGCCCUGCAGGGUCUCAGCAGCUUCUCGUCUCCUCCCCACCAUCCCCCACUGCACCAGCACAAAGCCAGCUGCCCCACAAGGGACUGGAGAGCUACGAAGACCUGUCGAGGUCGGGAGAAGAGCCUUUGAAUCUGGAAGGGCUGGUGGCCCACAGGGUGGCAGGGGUGCAGUCCCGGGAGAAGUCCCCAGAGGAGAGCACCACCUCUGCCCGAAGGCGAACCCCCAGUGACAGCCACUAUGAGAAGAGCUCGCCGGAGCCCAGUUCUCGCAGCCCUACCGUCCUCUCGCCCGAAGUGGUCAGCACCAUCGCGGCCAACCCCGGAGGGAGGCCCAAGGAGCCUCACCUCCACAGCUACAAGGAAGCCUUCGAGGAGAUGGAGAGUGCCUUGCCCAGCAGCCCGACCUCCGGCGGUGUGCGCUCUCCACCUGGCCUGGCCAAGACCCCUCUCUCAGCACUGGGGCUGAAACCCCAUAACCCAGCCGACAUCCUGCUGCACCCAGUGGGAGAGCUAGAAGGGGAGGCGGGAGCUGACUCUGAAGAAGAGCCUAGGAGCUAUGUUGAGUCAGUGGCCAGAACGGCAACAACUGGCAGGGCAGGGAACCUUCCAGCUGCCCAGCCUGUGGGCCUGGAGGUGCCUGCCAGGAACGGUGCCUUCGGCAACUCCUUCACCGUGCCCAGCCCCAUCUCUACUAGCAGCCCCAUCCACAGCAUAGACGGUGCCUCGCUCCGCAGCUACCCAUCGGAGGGCAGCCCCCACGGCACGGUUACACCUCCCCACGCUGUGGCUGAGCCAGCUUACCGGUCACCCAUCGUCUCGCAGACUCCCUCUGCACACAGCAGCUACCAAACCUCGUCUCCAUCAUCCUUCCAAGCGGGAACACUGGGCUCUCCCUAUGCCAGCCCUGAUUACCCUGACGGCCGAGCCGGCUUCCAGCCGGACCCCCAGGUUCGGCAGCAGCCGCAGGUCAGCGUGGUGGGUGUCCAUGCGCUGCCAGGGAGCCCCCGCACCCUGCACCGGACAGUGGCUACCAACACGCCGCCCAGCCCUGGCUUUGGGCGAAGAGCUGCCAACCCUGCUGUUGCCAGCACGCCCGGCAGCCCUGGGUUGGGCCGGCACGCCAUGUCCCCCCAUGCGCCGCCGGGGAGCCCCAGCCUUGCCCGACAUCAGAUGGCAGCCGUGCCACCCGGCAGCCCCGUGUACGGCUACUCCAGCCCAGAGGAGAGGCGCCCGACGCUGUCCCGGCAGAGCAGUGCAUCUGGCUACCAGCCUCCCUCCACGCCGUCUUUCCCCGUCUCACCGGCAUACUAUCCUGGCACCAGCACGCCACACUCCUCCUCCCCAGACUCUGCCGCCUACCGCCAGGGCAGCCCGACUCCACAGCCUGCACUGCCUGAGAAGAGGCGGGUGUCAGCCGGCGAGCGCUCCAACAGCCUGCCCAACUAUGCCACGGUCAACGGCAAGGCCUCCUCGCCCCUCUCCAGUGGCAUGUCCAGCCCCAGCAGCGGCAGCACUGUGGCUUUCUCCCACACCCUGCCAGAUUUCUCCAAGUUUUCCAUGCCAGACAUCAGCCCCGAGACUCGUGCCAACGUGAAGUUUGUGCAGGACACUUCUAAGUACUGGUACAAGCCAGACAUCUCCCGGGAGCAAGCCAUCGCACUGCUGAAGGACAGAGAGCCAGGGGCUUUCAUCAUCCGAGACAGCCACUCCUUCAGGGGAGCCUAUGGCCUUGCCAUGAAAGUAGCUUCCCCGCCUCCCACCGUCAUGCAGCAGAACAAGAAAGGAGACAUCACCAAUGAGCUGGUGAGGCACUUCCUCAUUGAGACCAGCCCACGGGGUGUGAAACUAAAAGGAUGCCCCAACGAGCCUAAUUUUGGCUGCUUGUCGGCUCUUGUCUACCAGCACUCCAUCAUGCCUCUGGCCCUGCCCUGCAAGCUGGUCAUUCCUGACCGAGAUCCCAUGGAGGAAAAGAAAGAUGUUGCAUCGACCACUAACUCAGCCACAGACCUUCUCAAACAGGGUGCGGCCUGCAAUGUCCUCUUCAUCAAUUCAGUGGAGAUGGAAUCGCUCACAGGCCCCCAGGCCAUCUCCAAGGCUGUGGCAGAGACACUGGUGGCUGACCCCACGCCAAACGCUACGAUCGUCCACUUCAAAGUCUCUGCACAAGGCAUUACCUUAACCGACAACCAGAGGAAAUUGUUCUUCCGACGACACUAUCCUCUCAAUACUGUCACCUUCUGUGAUUUGGACCCCCAAGAACGAAAGUGGACUAAAACUGACGGCAGUGGUCCAGCCAAGCUCUUCGGCUUCGUGGCCAGGAAGCAAGGGAGCACCACAGACAACGUUUGCCACCUCUUUGCAGAGCUGGACCCAGACCAGCCAGCUGCGGCCAUCGUCAACUUUGUCUCCAGGGUCAUGCUUGGCUCUGGCCAGAAAAGAUGAGCUGGUGCUUGCGGGUGAUUCUUGAAUUUUGGAGAAGGACUUGGAGCUGAUCCGAGAAGGAGUGUGAGGAAGUGCAUUGUGGGAGAGGGAAGUGAAUUGGAAGGGUUGGAAUUGUGGAGGAAAACAGCAACCAAUGACAAGAAAACAAAACAAAACCCUAAAAACUUGACACAAGCUAAACACACACAGAGAAGAAUCAAACCACACACCUAUGUAACAGAGCCAUGAAGUCAAUGCCAAACGGGGAGGAUGCAGAUGCAUGUCCCACCACAGGGAAGGUGACCAAAGUGAAGGUGGCAGCAAGAGGAGUUCCCAGCUUUCGGCAUUGCAGUCCUGAGGCCACAUCAAAUGGUGAUGUUUGCUCCAGACCAAAUGCAUGAUCGUCAUUUGGAGGAAAAAAGAAAAAAAGAGACAAAAACAGCAAAAGCCAUGAAAGAAGCCUUCAUCGGUGAACAUCUGCUGCAUGUUUGGCACAGCCUACAGGGGAUAACACCUUGCUGCUGUGUGGGCCCAAGUCUGCAGGACACUGGAGGAGAUGCUGUUGGAAACCUCCCCUUGCCGUGCUGCAGCAGAGGGUCCUGCCAGCUUACACCAAAACCUGCUGGCCACCCCACUGGGGUGUGCAACGGCUUGGUCCCAAACCCUCUUGUCCCCUGAGUGCUUGACUUUGGGCUACCCUCAGCUGCUGGCCCAGAGCCUAGCACAGGUGAGACAUCACAAGUUCACCCACAGAGGGGCAAUGCAGCAUCUCCUCCACUCCUGGGCAGCUCCUGCGCUCCAUGCCUGGAAGAGGAGGAUACUCCUGGUCUGGAGUAUCUGGUCCUGGUGGAGGAAGGAAGGCACCUCCUCACUCAUCUUCACUUUUUCCCCUCCUGUCACCAGUCCUCUUUGACAGUUUUCUCCUGUGGCCUGUCACACAUUCUCUUCAACAGGAAAGAAAAAAAAAAAAGAAAAAAAGAAAAAAAAAGAAAAAAUGUUAUAAUAAUAAUAAUAAUAGCAGAUGCUUGCACAGGUAGGUUUCCUGUGCGGAGCAGUGGACCCGUGGCCGGCCCUAUCUCUCUCUUUAGAGAUGUGCAAGCAGUUUUUAAAUUGCAUGGACGUUCCAAGUUGCACGAAAGGCGAAUGACUACAAGUAACUCAGGCGCUUUCUCUUGUUUUUAUUUUUGGAGGCCACGUUAAAAAAAAAAA